GCUGGGCCGUACCAACCACCCCAAAGCGGGGGGCGGGGGCACGCUGGUGCCAAGUGAAGUUCUGGGGGUGUAGUAGGCCUUGGGCCCUACUACGAUUGUGUGCGGUGGAGGGUGGGUGAUGCCUGGAAGUGGGGUGUAUUAUGGGAUGGGGGCAUUGCCGUGUCAGCCCCGGGAUGUUGGGGUGGGGUGGGGGCUGGUCCUUGGGGAUGUGGCCCCCUUGGCUGUGGGUGGCUUUGGGGCUGGGCUGGAGAACAAGGGCCAGGCCAGUGCAGGGGCUGGGCUGGGCUGGGCUGGGGGAGGGCCUUGAGGGGACAGGGGCUACAGGUUGGGAGUGCAGGGCGCUGGCAGGACAGCAGGGGUGCCUGGAAAUCUGACCCCUGCUCCCCGCAGGUCCCUGAGUCUCUGCCUGGCCUGGUGAGAGGAAGAUGAAACCCGCGGCGAGGAAGGCUGCCAGCUCCUCACCCGCGUCCAGCACAGGCAGUGGCAGCCACUCUCCCCCCUCCACCCGAGCUAAGGCCCAGCGGCGCCGCCCGGCUGAGGGGGGCCCGAGGCUGGAGGAGGAAGAGGAGGGCGGGGGCAGCGAGGACACUCCUGACCAGCCACCCGUCUUCCCCAGAGCCCGCUGCACCAUGGAGCCCACCCUGGGCCCACCUGUAGAGGCCCCCGAGGCAGAGGGGGUGCCAGGGCCCGACGGGGAGCCCUCCCCCAACCGCAAGACGGCUGCCUUCAAGGCCCGCACGCCACGGCGCAAGGCGGUGGGGCCUGGUGAGGACUGGAGUGGCAGUGAGGGCUCAGCCGCCCCCCCGGAGGACGAGCCCGGGGGCCGGUGCCCCUCAUCCAGCACGGACACAGCCAGCGAGCACUCGGCUGAUGAGGAGGCGAAGGCUGGGCCGGUGGCACAGCCCUGGGGCCCAGCGCCCACACCUGCACCCUAUGACCUGCACCAGCUGCGCUCCCAGCGGGUGCUGGCCCGGCGCGAUGGGCUCUUCCAGCCUGCUGUGGUCAAGCAGAUCCGACGCGGGCAGGACCUGGGUGUACAGUUUGGCGGUGACCGGGCGGUGACCUACUACGAGGGGGCACUGAGUGCCGGGGCCCCAGAUGUGGUCCUGGACGCCACGCCCCCGCCAGGCGCUGUGGUCGUGGGCACGCCCGUGUGCGCUUGUGUGGACCCAGGUGAGACGGCCUACCGCGAGGGCACUGUGGUGGAGGUGAGCGUCAAGCCAGCCUCCUACAAGGUGCGGUUUGGGUUGUCGCCUGGCCCCAGCCCCAGCCCGCGCCGCCGCAGCAGCAGCGGGCUAUCUGGGGAGAAGGGUGCCGCACCAGGGCCACCGGGGCCGGGCCCAGGGCGCCGCACGCCAUUGACUGCGGCGCAGCAGAAAUACAAGAAGGGUGAUGUGGUAUGCACACCCAACGGCAUCCGCAAGAAGUUCAAUGGGAAGCAGUGGCGGCGCCUGUGCUCGCGCGAGGGCUGCAUGAAGGAGUCGCAGCGACGUGGAUACUGCUCACGCCACCUCUCCAUGCGCACCAAGGAGCUGGAGGGGCUGGAAGGCAGUGGGCGCGGCAGUGGCCUGCGCGAGGGCAGCGCUGAGUUCGACUGGGAUGACACGUCACGGGACAGCGAGGCCAGCAGCGCGCGGGGCGACUCACGGCCCCGCCUGGCACCCACUGACCUGUCGCGCUUCGAGCUGGACGAGUGCGAGGCAGCCGUUAUGCUGGUGUCGCUGGGCAGUUCACGCUCAGGCACCCCUUCCUUCUCGCCCGGCUCCAACCAGUCGCCCUUCUCGCCCGCGCCCUCACCCUCGCCCUCACCGCUCUUUGGCCUGCGCCCCGCCAGCUUCAGCCCUAUCACAGCCUCCCCUCCAGAGGGUGCGGGGGGCCCUGAGGAGUCCAGCACUGGCGGAUUCCGUGUUGUGUCGCCGGCUGCGCCAGGCGCCUUUGGGCGCCCCAGCCAGGCCUCACCACUGCUGCUGCAGACGGAGCCACAUCCUGCUGUGCGGCGUGUGCCAGCUGUGCAGCGCGACUCGCCCGUCAUCGUGCGCAACCCUGACGUGCCACUACCAUCCCCCUUUGCCGAGAAGCUGCCCGAGCGCCCCGGCAGCCCCCGCCGUGGCCCACCUGGCCCUCACGACGCGCCCAAGGCCCCGCUGCAGGCGCCUGUGCCCAUCAACGCCGGGCGGGGGCUGCCAGCCUGCCCGCCCAGCGGGGCCCCCCCUGCGCCUGAGCCACCCGUGCCUGUCUUCGGCGUCUCCUCACCCUUCCAGCCCGUUGCCUUCCACCCCUCGCCUGCUGCGCUGCUGCCUGUCAUCGUGCCAGGCGACUACAUUGGCCCCCCAGCUCCCCGCAAGGACAUCAUCAUGGGCCGCCCUGGCACUGUGUGGACCAACGUGGAGCCGCGCUCUGUGGCUGUGUUCCCGUGGCACUCACUUGUGCCCUUCCUGGCGCCGAGCCAGCCUGACUGCUCUGUGCAGCCCACCGAGGGACAGCAGCCUGUUGGCCACCCCGCCACUACUGCCCACAACAAAGAACCCCCAGAGUCGGCGGCUGUGGCCCCUGACCUCUCGGGGGCGCUGGGGGCGGAGCCAGGGCGGCUCGGGGCAUCGUGCUCGGACGGCCCUGCCCUCGCUGCCCCCCAGGCCCAUGCGGGUGCUGCCCCCACACAUGAGGAUGAGGCCCCAGGGCCCCUGCGCCUGGACAGCGAGACAGAGAGCGACCAUGACGACGCACGGCAGCGGGAGAAAGACCACAUCCGGCGGCCCAUGAAUGCCUUCAUGAUCUUCAGCAAGCGGCACCGGGCGCUGGUGCACCAACGGCACCCCAACCAGGACAACCGCACCGUCAGCAAGAUCCUGGGCGAGUGGUGGUACGCGCUGGGCCCCAAGGAGAAGCAGAAAUACCAUGACCUCGCCUUCCAGGUCAAAGAGGCACACUUCAAGGCACACCCCGACUGGAAGUGGUGCAACAAGGAUCGCAAGAAGUCGAGCUCGGAGGCCAAGGCGCCGGGGCCAGGGCCAGGGCCUGGGGGGGGGCCCAAGGAGCCGCGGGAGCGCAGCAUGUCGGAGACGGCAGCUGCUGCAGCCUCGGCAGAGCUGCCGGAUGCCAAAACGGGGGCAGGAGUUGGGGCUGCGCUGCCCAUGGCGCCGGCAGGGGGUGCCAGCGCGCAGCACCCGCGACCCCGUGCCUUCUCACACAGUGGGGUGCACGGCCUAGACGCGGGGCCCCGUGAUGCCCAGGCGCUGCAGGACCUCACCCAGGUACCAGGGCGGGCUCCAGGGGCGGGUCAUGGCGUGGCCACCCCUGCUCAUGCUGCCCCAUCCCCGCUGCAGAUGUGCACGGGGCAGGCACCCUACGGCGCAGCAGCCAGCAAGGGACCCUUCGGGGGGUUUGCAGCACCCCCGGGUGCGGCGGCGCGGCGUCCCGAGGCCCGCUUUGAGCCAGCACCUGCCCCCCCGUACCGUCGACGCAGCGCAGUGCUGCCCGAGGGGGGGGCACGCUAUGGGGGGAGUGCCCGGGCAGCCUCCACUGUGGUGACCAAUGUUGUGCGGCCCGUGAGCAGCACCCCAGUGCCCAUCGCCAGCAAGCCGCCCUGCAGCCCUGAGCCCCCCAAUCCCCCGCUGGCCCUGCUGGGCCCGGGACCCCCCAAAGCGGAGGCGGCGGUGCUGGGCCGUGCGGGGCUGCUCGGCACUGACAAGAAGCCCCAAGGGUCCAUGGGCAAGGCCUCUCCAGCUGCUGGCACUGUGGUCACCAGCCUGCUGGUGGGUGCAACCGGCUACGGGCAGCCUGGUGGGGCAGCAGCAGGCCCAGCUGGGGGGGCCUCAGUGGCCAUGCUGCCCAGCGCAGCCCUGGCACAGCCACCUGCUGUGCAGUUCAUCACACAGAGCCCAGCAGGCACGGCAGGGCCCAACGGGGCUUUGCCGCUGGGCAUCCUGCAGCCACCGCGCAAGGCGGGCAGCAUCACUCAAGUACAGUACAUCCUGCCCACACUGCCACAGCCCCUGCAGGUGGCUGGGCCAGGCAAGGGGCCGGGGGCUGGGCCAGGCGCCCCCAGCAUCCACUUCACCCUGCCGCCUGCCAACGGCAAGGUCCUGGCCGCACCUGCUGGUGCCCCCCCAGGGCUGCCCCUGCUGCAGCCCGCGCCUGGUGUGCCCAGCAGCACCGUUACUGUUGUCUCCACUGCCCCCAAAGCCCAGGCGGCGUCGCCGGUGCAAGCACCGGGCACAGGUGCCACAGCCCACCUGGUGCAGGGCAAGGUGCUAGUGCCCAUGGCGGCCCCCCAGGUGACAGUGCGGCCCAGCAGCACUGCCGGCCCCCUGCCCCAGGUGGCCCCACCCUUCCCCGUUCCUGUGCAGAAUGGUGCCCAGACCACCAGCAAGAUCAUCCAGCUGACGCCAGUGCCUGUGGUGCAGCCCCCAGCUGCAGUGCCCAGCAGUGCCACACUGGUGCCCCCGCUCAGCCCUGCGGCAGCAGCAGUGGUGGGGGCGCCCAGCCAGCCUCAGAAGGUCUUGCUGCCCUCCUCCACCCGGAUCACCUACGUGCAGUCAGCACCCGCUCACCCCCUGCCCCUGGCUAGCUCGGCCUCACCAGCCCAGCCUAGCCCUGCGCCUGCCCCCGCCUACGUGCAGGCACCUGUGGGGGCCACCCCCAUGGCGCUGGGCUUUACCGCCAUCGGGCCUAACGGCCAGGCCAUCGUCCAGCCCCUAUUGUCCGGCCAGAGCUCCCUGCUGGCACCGGGGCAGGUGGGGGCACCGGCACUGCCUGGCCCGGCACUGCCCCCAGCCUCCAGCGGGCAGGUGAUCACGGCCAUCUACCCCGGCCCCGCACCACCGCCUGCACCUGGGCUGGUCUACAGUGUGGCCAGCUCCACUCCCGCUGCCCCCACCGCCAUCCUGCCCAAGGGGGUGGGCAGCAUGGCCGCUGGGCAGGGCCCCAUCGCCCCUGGGCACACUGGGCCCCUGGGCUUCCCACCUGCACCGACCCGGCCCCCGCGGCCCCUGCCGAAGCCCCCCCAGAAGGUGAAGGCCGCCAUCCUCCCGCAGGCUGCCAAGUUCCCUGCAUCCCCCGACUGGCGCAUCCCAGCGCCCGAGAGCCGCCCCGACGCCCCGGCUCCCCCUGUCGGCCCCUCGGCUUCCCCCUCCUCGGCCACCGCCAGCCCUGGCUCCGGCGAGGGGCCCCGGGGAACUGCGCCGGCCCCCACGCCACCCACUGCCGAGGGCCUGGAGCGCAAGGAGGGCAGCGCCAAGAAGGCCAAGGUGCGGCCGCCCCCCCUGAAGAAAACCUUUGACUCGGUGGACAACAGGGUCCUGUCAGAGGUGGACUUUGAGGAGCGGUUCGCGGAGCUGCCCGAGUUCAAGCCCGAGGAGGUGCUGCCCUCGCCCACGUUGCAGUCGCUCGCCACCUCACCCCGCGCCAUCCUGGGCAGCUACCGCAAGAAGCGCAAGAACUCCACCGACCUAGACUCGUCCACCGAGGACCCCAUCUCGCCCAAGCGGAAGAUGCGGCGCCGCUCAAGCUGCAGUUCGGAGCCCAACACGCCCAAGAGCGCCAAGUGCGAGGGGGACAUCUUCACUUUCGAGAAGACAGGCUCGGAGGCGGACGAUGUGCUGGGUGAGCUGGAGUAUGAGAAGGUGCCGUACUCGUCGCUGCGCCGCACCCUGGACCAGCGCCGCGCACUCGUCAUGCAGCUCUUCCAGGACCAUGGCUUCUUCCCCUCAGCCCAGGCCACAGCCGCCUUCCAGGCCCGCUAUGCUGACAUCUUCCCCACCAAGGUGUGCCUGCAGCUGAAGAUCCGUGAGGUGCGCCAGAAGAUCAUGCAGGCGGCCACGCCGGCUGAGCAGGCCCCCUCCACGCUCGAGCCAGGUGGCCCUGUGGCCCCAGCAGGCAGCAGCACUGGUGGCACCGAGGGGCAACCCCCAGAGCCGGCCGCGGGCCAGGACUCGGGCCCUGGGGCGGAGGGGCCAAGCGGGGCUGCCUGGGACAGCACGCAGCCCUCGCCACCAGGAGGCGCCGCCAGCAGCAGCAGCAGAUGAAGAACCCCACGUGGGCCGGCUGGUCAUAAACCACUGUGGGAGCUUCGCCCCGACGCCACCCCCCCGCCCUGCCACUGGGGGCCAAGACUUGCCCCUGCACCCGCCCUCCACGGACGCAGGUGGCACUGCUGCACCCACCAUUCCAGGACGCAGGCCCCGCCCCUGCUGCCGUGGAGACCGUGGGGAGGGCGGGGCCGGGCAUGAGGGCCACGGACACCUGUAAAGUGACCGACUCUUUUCAUAACGUUAAAUAUUUUGAGACCUGAUGUACUUGUUGCCUCUGUCCCCCAUCCCUGCCACGGGAGGAGGCAGGGCUCGGCUGCCUUGGCCAGUCGGUACCCGUGCUCCAGCUACAGGAUGGGCUCGGCGUUCGUGGCCACUCUGACUGCCGUGGCUGCACCCCGUGGGUGGAGGGCUCCAGCGUGGCCCCCCAUGGGGUGCUGCAGGCAGCCCCUCUUGGGGGUGCCCCCUCCCCGCCCCUGGCACAUGUGGAUCAUGGGGGUCUCCACCCCUGCCUCGCUAUUAAAGCUCUUGAACAAGCUGCC